CUUGUCGACCUCAUUUUAAAUCCAGGCACUAGCCUGAUCAUUAAACUUGAAGGCGUCUGCGUAUGUCGAAAGCGGCAACCAGGGGAUACCUCAUCAAUCGCAGCAGCAUGGACCUCGACGUGCCCUGGCGUGCGCCACGAGGUCGCCUCGAGGCCGCCUCGAGGCGCCUAGCAUCGCCCCCCCGUCACCCUGCUCUCGCAGACUCUACUUACUACUUUUCAUCUGUCUGAGCAGAGACACGACACUCUUCUUACUCACAUACCAACUAUAGUCAUUCGUUUGAUCUGCGUUGCUUCUUUCCUUUCAACAUGAAGUUCACUCUUUCUUCCGGUCUCGUAGCCUGUUCUUUCUUCGCCGCCGCGUCCUCGCACGCCAUCCGCCAUCAUGCACACGGUCAUGGGCAUGGCCAUGGACAUGCGCAAUCCGCGGCUUCGUCGUGCUACACUGUGAAUGGGGUUGGAGGAGCAGCGAUCAACCCCUUGCCUACCGUUCACAAGUCUGUUGUCUCCACGGUCACCGUGACGGCGGGCCACGUUGCGAGAAGUACGACAUCGCUGGGCGCGCCGACACUUGCCACGUCAACUGUCGUGAAGACGUCCGACAGGACUUCUCACCACCACCACCGUGGAGAAUUCGCCACGACCACACUGUUGGUGCACACAACAAUCACUCUCACAGCCCCGGCCAGUGUGAUUACCGAAAUCGCCAAUGCAUCAACCUACACCUUUGGGACGGCCAGCUUCGCCACCGAUGCAGUCACCAUCCCGAUACCUUCUGGCUUCGUGCCGAUCGAGUCCACGCUUCCUACCGCCGGCGUUGCGAAACGACACAUCGCAGAGCGUGCUGCAGACCCUCCUGCUGGCCAUCAAACCAUAUUCCCGGCCGGCAUUCGUCCUGAGGGUGCACCCAAGUCGGUGGUGUGCAAUACGGUGAUUCACUCUACCGUGACCGUGACAUCAACCACGACGGCCAUCGUCAAGAAACUCGCGGCUGGAACGAAGACGGCGACGUCUGAGCUUACUGUCACCCAGGUAUGCACUGAAGUCUUUCAAAUUUGUGAAAUUCGGCACAAUAGCAUACUGACAGACCUCCAGCUACACCACAACUUCCCUAACCAUCCCGGAAAGACCAUCACCAAAACCAGCAUCAUCUCAAUCACCUCCCACACCACGCCGCUCACAACAGUAACUACGACACCAACCGUAACAGUGACCGACGUGCUGCCCGAAGCCACCUUCUACGCAGCCUGCGCGGCGAACAACCUCGUCAGCCAGGUCAACGACUACCCUGUGGACGGCUUUGCCCUCGCCGCCACCAGCAUCUCAGACCAACAGACCAGCAACAUCGUCCAAUAUACCGACGUGAACGCCACUUCGUCCUACGACUGCUGCGUGAUGGCGCAGCAGACCACCGAUUCCACCGUCUUCUUCUACACCGGAUCGGACUUUGGCGUCCAGAACGGGCAAUGUCUCGUCUUCAUUUCCGACGCGUGUCCCGUCCCGGGCGACCAGACGGAGAUCUACGGCGCGGUGUACAACGGCACGGCGUCGCAGCUGGGAGGCGACUAUCAUGCUUAUAUGGGCAAUGCGGGCUGCGGCGUUGGCGUAACGUCCGCGACGAACUUCACCAUUUGGACGCAGGCGCAGUCUCUGGGGCUCGAGGGCGGUGGGGUGACGGCGGGGUCGCAAGCGGGGACUCAGUUGACGAAUGCUGGCUGAGGCAAGUGCGUGGCCUGUUGGAGAGUGAAUGUUUCAUGUAAUGGUACAAGCAAGGCGCUCGAGAUUGAAAGACCACAUUAUGCAACGUGGAUGGGAAUCAGAGAAUAGCAAUGGACUCGGCUCAUAGCAGGCAGUUCGGCGCAUUGUUCCCUUUGGAGGAGAAAUCGGCAGCGAGCACCAGAC